AUGAAUAGAUUCAGAAAGGGCAAGAAGGGAAAAGAUGUCGAAGAGACCGAGGCUGCGCCUGCCUCUUCGUUCAUGGGGAAAUCGGCAAAAUCAAAAAAACAAAACAAGGAUGAAGUCAAACCGGAGCUCGACUUAUCCACUGCUCUCCCUUCAACCGACAACUUUCGCACCAGUCUUUUGAUGCCUAACCUCUCGGCUCGGUUUAGCAUGCUCCGUGAACAGGACGAUCCCACGACAAAAGUCGGAAAAGCCAACGACGACAGUGUCUUGUUCCCGAAGCGAGCGUCGCGACUCAAUUUGUUCGGUCAUAAUCCUAACCCUCUGACUGAUAUCGCGGAAGUUUCGUCGAUUGAUGGUCGGUCAUCGUUUGCAACGCAGAGGAUUAAUUCGUAUGCCUCCGCUGAAGACGGGACGGAUGACGACUGGCAACACGGCAGCGUGAUGAACAGAAAGAGGCCUGGAGAGGGAAACAAUCUUUUCGGUGGACGACAAAAAGUGUACAAAAUUCCUGUCAGUGGUUCUGGUAAAGAUCUAGGCGGUAUGAGAGGCAGGACGGUGUAUGAAGAUGAUAUCACAUUAUCCAUGUUUCAGAAAUUGAGACUGAAAGAGAAAGAGGAAAAGCGUGCCAUGGAAUCGACAGUGGAUGAAGUCCAGUUGACUCCGGAAGAGGAUACAACAUCCUUGUCAAAGAGGAUGACCUCUUCGUCCACGACGUCCGGACAAUCGAAUCCGCGCACUUCAACUGCAGCAACCUCUAUCGAUGAGCAACCAAUCGCCUCGAAUCAACCCGUAGCGAACGGCCCCAAGCCUACUGGGAUAAUCCCCGGUAACUUGAAUGGGCACGUCAGUAAGACGCGCCGCCUCUACGGACAAGGUCUUGCACAAGCAGCUCAAGAUCAACAAUCAUCAGCUUUGACGCGUCUUGAAAGUCUCAGCCGACAGCGCGCAGGAGCGCCUCCUGAGCUUCCUCGCCUCAAUCGCACAUUUUCCCGAAGCGCCACUAAUCUCCACGACCGACGCCAGGGUAUAUCCCCCAUUCUACCUACUCCAUCAUCUGCGAACCGCACCUACAGCCCAGUAAAUUCGACUGGUUCGCCGUUAUCCGAAGCUCUAGAUGCAGCCCCAAAACCAGACCGAAUUUCAGACAGCAGUAGUACUGCUUCUCCUGUUUACGGAGCAGUCCCUCCGUUGAGCCCUCCUAUCAGUGAUACUGAAGAAAUGACGACUCUUGCCGCCGCAUUACAUCCCGAAGAUCGGGGUAAAGCCACAGCUAUGGGACUUUUCAAUAAGCCGAGUGGUCCUUAUGACGAACAACAAUUCAUGCGCCGCCAGCUUCAGAUGCACGAAAACCGUACGGGGACUACUCCUACCACUCGUCAAUCUCCAGCCAACAGCGUUUCGCGAGGAGAAACAAGCGCCGGCCGCCCACGAGGAUUAUCCAAUACGAGUUAUCGCUCCAAGGCAGAGUCUGCUUCAUCUCACUAUAGUGACGGGACCCACAGCAUCGGAGAGGCAUCUCCACAAAGACCUGCCGGUAGCAACGGUACUUUUUUCUUGAAUCUAGAUAACAGCGACAGUGAAAGUCAAGCUGGUGAUGAACUUCGACCUCCAAGGAAAAUGUCUUCAGUAAAGUCUCAGUCUUUUGAUGGUAUUCAUCCUGCUUUCCGCUCGCGGCCUGCGUCUAGAGAUUCCGACGGUAUACCUUCUUCGACUCGUGAAUCUUUUGAAGUGCCAGAAAGUAAAGGACACGACUUGAACCCGAUACAAGAAACCACCAACCCAGCUCCCCCAUCGCCAAUCCUUGAAGAAACUUCCGACAAAGCUAUUGAUUCGCCUACACUUGGACCAGCUGGAUUGGGGCUUAACAGCAUGAUUCGUACACAUCUGAGACAGGAUAGUUCGCAGUCCAUUUUGCCUUUGCCCUCGCCUCGUCUACCGUCUCAUCAAGACCUUUCAUCGCCGAUGGAACCACCUACUGGUCCACCACCGCCACCACCAACUUCUGGAUUCUCAAGUGUUGCGCUACGAGCUAAGCAGCUUCGCGAACAAGCGGCUGCUCUUCGCGAGCAGCAAGAAGCUGAAAAGUCCGAGACACGCGCUCAUGCACAAGAAGAACAAUCACGGUUCGGCCAUCAUCGUGAUAGCAGUCUUGAAACACAAAAGGAACGUGAAGAAUUUGCCCACGAGCUCGCAGAACGGCGACGACGGGUUCAAGAAAAUCUGACUCGACUUGGUAGCAGGUCUAAUAGCCCAGCCCCAGGACCUAAUACCCCUGAUACUGGUACUCCCAGGUCUGGAAAUGGAUUUUCCCUUCUCAAGCACCGGAACAAGAAUAAUGUCCCAGACGGGUUGCCUACCCCACCGUCCUCUAAGGCUUUGAAGAAGCUUGGUAUUGGUGGCCCAUUGAUGAACGCAUCUACACCUUCUCUCGACUCGUGGAGGGAUGACGAGCUGACCCAUGGUUUUGGUGGCCUAGGCAAUCAUUCCAACUUGAGCUCGCCGCACAUUGCAUCUGCACGCACUGCAUCUGGUCGAGCAAACUAUUCUCGCAGUGCUAGUCGCGGCAGUGAAGAGGGGCCAGAUUCUGGGUCAAGUCGACCUGAAUCGCCUUCGUACUAUCGACGAGACCGGUCAACCUCUGCAUCGGGACGAUCCAAAAGCCGUCCACCGCCGCCUCGCGAGGACCUCGACAUGGUUGCGGAACAUACAGUGAGUCGAUAUGGUGAAAACACACGAACACCUCCCAUGCGUCCAUCAAUAGACACCGAGUACGUCCUCUCUGGUAGUCGAACAGGUACACCUUCGCACCUAGAGAUCAUCCCACCCCAAAGCGAUGCCAGCAGUAUCGGCACGUCCCCACGACCUUCACCUGUUGUUCCUCCAUAUUCAGCCAACGCUACCCCUCCUCUUGACGAUAGACGGGACUCACCCAACAUGCCCAACCGUUCAGAUUCGACAAAUAGUGGAUCCCUCCCUCAACGAGGUCCCCCAAAGAGACAAAUAUCAAAAUCCCAAAUCUCAGAACCCACGUUUGUCUCCAGCACCUCAAACGUUCCCAUGGUCUCGCUACCACCUGGAGCAAGUCUGAGCAACGGCAUGCCCAAUACACCACCCAUCCCACCAAUGAAUCCUCGCCGUCGACGAACAACAACCACACAGACGAUCCUGGGGGCAAUCAAGGGUGACCGCUCACAAGCACCAUCAUCAACCCGCACCAGCCAGGAUGACGAACGCGCCCGUAAUAUCAACAUUAUGAAUAAUUAUAAUAAUAUCAACCACCAGGCGGUAGCAGCAAACGAAUCUCGACCGGGCUUGUUACGGAAGAUGCAGAGUGAGGGUGGGACGAUGAAUGCGCGAGCUCGACAAGAGGCGAUGAUGGCGGCGACUCCGACGAUGCCUAAUUAUCCUCCUGCUGCUGAGGUGCAGGGAGGGAUGAUCUAAUCUUCUUUUUUUUCUCAUUAUUCUUCUGGCUGACAGCAGAUUUGUCGUUUGAUACUACUUACUUUUCCGUGUAUUCAUUGAGCAUACCAGCGAUAUCCAUGGCGUGAGAGAUUUUGGUACUGUUGUAUAGUUGUAUAUCAGGUGUUUGUAUUCGAGAAUAUACUGUUAUACAUAUUC